AUGCCAAAAAAGAGAGGUGCAAGCGGCACGCGGCCGACAUCAUCAUCUGAUGAUGAUGCAAUCAUUCGAGCAGCUGCCUAUGAGCGGGAUGACUUGACGCAGGUCGUCAUACAGUUUGAGCAGAGUUCUCACUCGGCGGUACAGUCAUUGCUGUUUCAACCGAUUUCUUCCAUGUCAGGAGGAGCACAGUUUGGAAACCUGACGAGCCUACCCAUCGAGGUCAUUUCCACUAUUUGCAUGAUGCUUGAUGCCAAGAGCGCCUUUUUCUUCAGUCACGUCAGCCGCCGGGCCCGGGAGACGACAGCGACGAUUCCAGCGUUCAGACGCGUGGCCGAGCAUGGUUCAGAAACUCUGCGCGCAGUGCUCAAGACUGGGUACGGGCCCCACCUCUCUGUGGGUGACAUUGACUCUGCCCUCACCUCGAAAGAGUGUAUCGUUUGCAAGCAUUUUGGCUGCUUCUUCUUCAUCCCAGAGGCCUCGCGGUGCUGCUAUGAGUGUCUUCGCUGCGAGCCCGACUUGGGUGUCAUGAAGCUGAGUGACGUUCCGCGUAUCUUGGAGGAGAGCUCAACGGAGGUGCUCAAGAAGUCCAUCCCCGUCCUCCGCACCCUGCCGGGAACAUAUCGGGAUGUGUAUCAUCGUACCGCCACCAAGCCACGCCGCCGCCGGGUCGACAUUGUCUCGGAAAACAAGGCCAUAGCGUAUGCCGCGGAGAAGACUGUUUCCGACGCAGAGGUCUUGCGCAAGGUCUACGCGUACUGGCGCCCCAGCUUCGAUAUGACGGAUGCCUAUCGCUUCAUGGCGGCGACGCGGCUACCCUAUUUCGAUAUCGAGGCGGGAACAGCCGACAAUGGCUUGUGCUGCAAGGGAUGUCAGGAGUCGCAGCAGACGGCGCCGGCCGUGGCGACGUGGACGCGCGACUUCAAGGUUCGGCAGAGAAUGUUUCUACGACCUGAAUUUUUGCAUCACUUUGCUUCCUGUCCGGCGGCACAAGAACGUCAUCGUUUGAUGGCGGAAACUGUGUCGUAA